AUGGCUUUCACGCUCGCUACUCUUGCUACACUCAUUUUCAUUGCUCUUGUUCAAGCGCAGAUUGGGCCGACGGGCGAUCUCGUCAUUAGCAACGUCGAGGUCUCCCCGGAUGGUUAUUCUCGUACCACCGCACUCGCCAAUGGCGUCGUUGACAGGGGACUCAUUACUGGCACCAAGGGCGACGUCUUCGAAAUAAACGUUGUUAAUAACCUGACGGACAACACCAUUCUGCAGAGUACCUCUAUUCAUUGGCAUGGUCUCCUGAUGAAAGGCAGCGGAUGGGCUGAUGGUUCUGCUUUUGUCAGCCAAUGUCCCAUAGCGAAGGGAGACUCUUUCAUGUAUAUCUUCGACUCCGCAGACCAGGCCGGAACAUUUUGGUACCACUCUCAUCUAUCGACGCAAUACUGCGACGGUCUUAGAGGACCCUUUAUUAUUUAUGACCCUGACGAUCCUCAUGCGGAUUUAUAUGAUGUCGAUGAUGAAACAACGAUCUUGUCGCUCUCGGACUGGUAUCAUACCCCAGCUAAGCAGGUUGGUUUUCCCACGCCAGACUCUACUCUGAUUAACGGACUGGGGCGAUGGAGUGAAGACCCCACUUCGAACUUGUCUGUGAUAUCUGUUGAACAGGGAACUCGUUACCGCUUCCGUAUGAUCAACAUGGCCUGCGACGCGGACUUCGUUUUCUCGAUCGAAGGUCAUAAUAUGACUAUAAUUGAAGUUGACGGAGUCAAUCAUGUUCCUUACACUGUUGACGAGAUUCAAAUUUACGCUGGCCAACGAUAUUCUUUCGUCCUCACUGCCGACCAAGCUCCUGGCAAUUACUGGAUCCGCGCUACGCCAAGUGUAGGCACAGUAGGAUUUGCAGGUGGGAUAAAUUCUGCCAUACUUCGUUACUCUGGUGCGGCGGAUGAAGAGCCAGAGACGUCAACGAUUACCAGCGUACUCAAGAUGAACGAGACUGAGUUAGUGCCACUUGAGAAUCCCGGAGCACCUGGUUUACCAGAAAUUGGAGGCGUCGACUAUGCGCUAAACCUUGCUUUCGCAUUCGUAUCGGGGACGUUUACGGUUAACGGAGCGCAGUUCACUGCUCCCACUACCCCUGUCCUUCUACAAAUCCUGAGUGGGGCACAAUCCGCGGAUGACCUCCUACCCGAGGGUUCCAUAUUCCCGCUUCCGAUGAAUGCGACUAUCGAGCUGUCGAUGCCUGGAGGCGUCGUUGGUGGAGUGCAUCCGUUCCAUUUGCACGGGCAUACCUUUGAUGUUGUUCGAAGUGCGGGAAGUCCGGUGUACAACUACGCAAACCCGGUUAGGCGUGAUGUCGUCAGCAUUGGGACGACGGGCGAUAACGUCACCAUCCGGUUCACGACCGACAACCCCGGGCCUUGGUUCCUUCAUUGUCACAUUGACUGGCAUUUGGAAGCCGGUCUGGCCAUUGUUUUCGCAGAAGAUACGGGUAACUGGAGUACCACUAUUGAUCCUACCGAUCAAUGGGAUAAUCUCUGCCCAAUCUAUGAUGCUCUCUCUGAAGAUGAUUUGUAG